AUGAGAGACAUGAAGCCGUGCCAGCACACUCUGUCCGACGAUAUAGUUUAUAAAGAAGUAGUCGUUAUAGGUAAUGGCCCCAGCGGUAUGGUGACAUCCUUCAUGUUAGCUGGGAAUGUGCCCUACCUCAAACACAUUCCAGACGACCUGCCCAUCGAUGACAUGCUGAAAGCAAGGCUACAGAAUCUUCCUCAAGGUGUGAGUCUGCUCGAGACGGACCUGCUGUCCUUAGCCGAGGGUCUUGAGGGACGCAGUCAGAACCCUAUACCAUUACUGAUGGACAACCUGCUGAGACCGUGUGCUGACCUGGGGUUGACGGAGGACUCACUCAUAGACUGGAGAUACGACAUGGAUAAAGAGAUAGACCACAUAGUGCUAGGGAAGGGUCCACCGGGUGGAGCGUGGCACACCUUCCCCGAGGGUGUACGCACCCUCUCCCCGGCCGGCUGGCUCACCCUGCCUCCGGGGACAGCGGGGGCGAAGCCCCAGGCCGCGGCCCGGGUGUCCGCGCGCGCCGUGGCCGCAUACUGCAGGAGAUAUGUGCAGCAGUGGCAGUUACAGCGUUACUUCCGUAGCGGCGUGGUGGUGACGGGUGUGUCCCCGGCGCCCCCGGGGCUCCCUUGCUGUCCCUCAUGUCCGCGCGCCGCCAGAUUUCUCGUCACAGGUUACGAAACGUCUGAGUGUCGCGUGUUCCGAUACCUGUGUCGACGAGUGGUGCUGGCUUGUGGUGGAGGAGAUAGACCGAACACUCUACCACUCACACACACACUCACAAACACACAUACACACACACAACACAACAUGCUCACACACUCACUGGCAGAUGUGGAGAGAGCUGUUCAUCAGAUGACUAAUACUGCAUCAGACGGGGCGGUAUUAGUGGUUGGUUCAGGAGUGAGCGCCGCGGACGCCGUGCGGCUGGUGCGCGCCGCGGGUUUGCGAGCCCUGCAUCUACACAGACAACCUAACGACUCACUAGCUAGGCUCCCGCCACAAACAUAUCCUGACUACUGCCAGGUGUACAAAAUGAUGCUGGAUGGACCUUCUGCCAACCAUGAGAACUACACUCCGUUCCCCGAACACACCAUUGUGGAGAUAACACCAGUCACCUGUGAGGAACCAUCGCUUAAACUGAAAAACUACACCGAAGACGAGAGCCUACAGCCGAAGAAAGUCAAACUCCUCAACUUAGUCACAAACCAGACAGUGGAAAUCACAGUAUCACUCAUCGCAGUACUCAUUGGAUCCAAACCAGACCUAUUCUUCCUCCACACCGACUUCAAUCCUCAAAACAUCGAAGUACAAGACUGUAAAUGUGAGAAGAAACAAAACCAGAGGCAGUGCUUCCUUAAAAACCACUGGCAUUACAUCAAAUCCGUUCUAGAACAGAGCAUACAGAUAUGCAAGUCGAGGUAUCUUAGCACAGAAAUCAAUGGCAACACGGAUAACGGAUGUACAUUACCCGACUGUAAUAAAAGGAAAGAGUAUUCAGUUGUUAAUAAACAGAUUACUCCGUACUGUCAGUGUCAGCCGACUAAUCCUUAUAGUAGUGGGAUCGGCUAUGGAGUAGACCCAAACAAGCCAGUAGACGGCAGAUCUAACCCUAUAGCAAUCGACAGGAGCACCCACGAACUACUCAACGGCCCUAAAGGAGUCUUCGCCCUAGGACCGCUCACAGCAGACAACUUCAUCAGGUUCAUUCCCGGCGGCGCGCUGGCCAUCGUCGCACAAAUACACAAAGAAAACAAAUCUGACAACUAA